CUGCAAAAGUCGAAGAAGUCCAAACUGUAAAGGAUGGCUGCAAUUUGGUUCCUGUAUUGUGUCAGGAAUUUGGCUUUGAAUGCAAAUUGAAUCAAAUUUCUCCCGUCUCUGGAAGGAGGGUGAGGGUGUAAAGGUUGGAAUUAAAUGGUAUAGGAUGCAAAAAGUGUAGUCUGGCCAUUCAAAAAUCAGAGCCUAAAUGCACGCAACAUAACUCUUCAGAGGCAAGUGGGGGAAUAACAGAAUCGUAGAGCUGGAAGGGGCCUCUAAGGCCAUCGAGUCCAACCCCCUGCUCAAUGCAGGAAACCAAUUUAAAGCAACCCCAACAGAUGGUUACAUAUUGUAUUUGCACUGGUCAACCAGUUUUUAAAAUCCUCCCAUCCCAUUUUUCACAUGAAUUAAGGCCUGAGUUAGAAAGCCCAAAAACUCCUCUCUUGUAUUAGCUGUUCCUUCCCCCCCUUUUUUUCUUUUGAGGGGGAAUGUGGGGAAGCUCACAGCUACACUUCAGUCCCUAAUUUCCCCAUAGUUUCCUAAGGGCUGGAGCGUUGCUUCAAAAUUAACUAGGAAGUCGCAUCGGGUCUAGACAAUAGACUGGUCGGUCUACCGCUCUUUUUUUAAGUAUAUGGAUGAGAGCUCCUCCUCUUAGAAGGAAAGAAGGGACGGGGGGACCCAGAAUGCUAUGCGAAGGGAGCCAUGAAUGGGUUAAACAGCUGUGUGGAGGGGAGGGGCCCUCUCCAUUGUCAGCAGGAGCUGUGUUUAAAGGGACUGAAGGCAGGCAGUGGAUGCACGGCGACGCGCUGAGGACUAGGAUCGUACCCAGUGCGGGGGGAGGGAGUUGCGGUGGCGAGCACAAGGUGGGCGUGGGGGUGAAAGGGGGGAAAGUGCCUGUCCUUUAACCCCCCCCAAAGGGCAGGAUGAGUUCCCAAGAAGAGCAGCCUCAAUCCGAUGCAGCUGCCACCCCAUCGUCCCCCGAUGAUGAUGGAAUGACCUGGUGGUACAAGUGGUUAUGCCGGCUGGCUGGCAUCAUCGGAGGCAUCUCAUGUGCCCUCGCUGGUCUCUUUAACUGCGUGACCAUCUACCCGCUCAACAUUGCAGCUGGCGUUUGGAUGAUGUUGAACGCCUUCGUCCUCAUCCUGUGUGAGGCCCCCUUUUGCUGCCAGUUCGUCGAGUUUGCAAACGCCGUGUCAGCUAAGGCUGACAAGCUCCACCCGUGGCAGAAAGCCGCCUUCUACUGUGGGAUGGCCGUGUUCCCAGUCAUAUUGAGCCUGACGCUAACAACGUUAAUAGGCAAUGCCAUUGCAUUCGCAACAGGAGUGCUCUACGGACUUUCGGCGUUAGGCAAAAAGGGAGACGCCAUUGCAUAUGCAAGGAUGCAGCAGUUGCAACGGAAGCCAGCGAACGACGAGGGGCUAACGGGAGCCGUCGAAGCGCAGGCAAUGUGAGGCUUCCGUCAUUUUAAGGCUGGCCCUUCCCAUCUGGGCCAUCGAAAAGCAAGCCGUGGGAAUUCACGCCGGCAGUAAAACUGACCUUGGAAGCCCAUGCUGUGAAACUCUUCCAAAAACUCCUGUUCCAAUCCAGGAGAGAGAGUGCAAAAUGAAAAUGCACCCUUCCCUUCACUCCCCAGAACAUUUUUUUUUAAUUACAUUACUGUGACACUGUGAAUCUUUUAAACUGCAGCUUUAAGAGGGUGGGGUUUAAAGUGGGGCUCCUACCCCCACCACCACCCUGCUCCAUUCUCAGGUUGGAGAGGAGCCAAAGAGGGUGAAAAACCCCAUUCAUUACAUGGCUGGGAUGUAGUCUCCGUUCGGCAGUCAAAAUGCUGCUUGACAACAGCCUUUGGUACAGUUUUUGUGGGUCAAGAAUGGUACUUCUGAGAUCAUCUGAUGCUGUGUUCUAGGCCUUGAUUUUUAUUGUUGAAAGUCUGGGGUGAUGGGGAAGCCAUUGGGGGGGGGUAAGGGCAUCAAAUGAAUACUAGGACCAUGGCGUUAUAUCUUUGAGCAACCGGCUGCACUCUGAUUUUGCAUUCUCUUCGUGUUAUGAACUUUGGGGGUGUUGAUGAACUUUGAUGCCUGGGACUUUUCCAAAAGUGUAGGCUCUCUCUUUCUGUGUAACACAGAGACCUUCCCUCCCCCUCCUCCCUCGGUGGGUUUUUCGAUGACAUUUCUUCAGUAAUUUCAGAACUUGACAAACCAUGUGCUGAUCUGUAAGAUGCAUUUUCUGAGGGGGGAGAAAUAGUGUGAAGAUAUUUGCUUUGUUCGUAUUUUGUAGUCCCCCCCCCCUCUAGGAUUUUCCAGCAGUGCAGGAGAAAAAAAAUAGCUUUUGGUGCAGAAAAAGAGGAGAGCUUUUCGUAGGGAUCCCUGAGGCUGGAUCCAAAGGGCGGAAAGGGUGGGGACUUGCUGCAUCCCUAUGCCUGGCAAACACCCCUCCUCCUCGAAUAGCACUGCCACCAGUGGAGGUUGGUCUGCUGGGCAAAUGGGGCACUGCCCCACCAACUUCACUCUGCCCUUGGCCAGCCCCCCCUGCCUUCUUACUUACCCGUCUAGCGGGUAGCAUUGCCUGUCAGCUUGCCCUUCCUUCGUCUCACUGUUGCCUCGUCAGGCAGGAUUUUGGGGUGGGUUAGGUUUUUACUGUUAUGGUUUUAAAUUUUAACGUUUUAAUGUAUUGUUUUUUAUCUUGUACGUCGCCCAGAGUGGCUGGACAACCAGCCAGAUGGGUGACUAAUAAAUUUAACAAAUAAAUAAAUAAAUAAAUAGAACUCAGCAGGGAGGAGGAUGCGGGCAAAACUAAAUUAGUUGGUUCCGCCUGUCGUUGGCUCCAGACUCCACCUACAGUUGUGCUCCCAGUCUUCUGCCCUGACCCUCCCAAUGGACACCAGCCACCACCGGCUGCCGCUCUCACUUUGCACCAAAGAAAGUCAGAAGUGGCAUGAGCGAAUUCUUGGUUUACGAACUCCCAAAUCCUUCCAGGUUAUGCGGGGGGCAUUCUGAGCACCCCCUCCCCCCAAGAAAUCCUUGAGCCUUGGGGAUAAGCAUUUUUGUACCUAUAAAAGGACAAAGGUUCCGUAACGCAGUACCCAAAAAGGGCUCACGCAUUUGACUAGUUAGUGUUUCCGUUUGCUUUUGUAACUUGGAAAAGCUCCUCUGCCCUGAAGAUUUUACAAUCUCAGUCUUCUCUGUCGGUGCUUCCUUUUGUUUUCCAACACGAGAAUUCUGCUCUUCCUAUUUAUACACUGUAGGUUUACAUUUAAUUUAUUAUCGCUAUUCCUUCUAAUUUGCUCUGAGGAACAGAAUAUUAUUUGGACUUCAUUUAAGACUGUUCUAAUGGGGAUCUAUUCUCCUUGGGUAUGGGACAUGCAGUUGAGAUCUCAUUUCUUGGGAAACAACUGAUGCUUCGUAGCCUUAGUUCACUCACUUCUGAGGAAGAGAUGGGGUUAGUUAUUUGAGAACUGGGGCAAAAAAUGCUGUGAAGUACUAAUUUAGUCUUUAGAUGUAGUUGAUGUAGAGGUGUGUGAGAAUUUUACUUGCCAGCUGCAGUGUUGCAUUCCACCAGUAGGGGGUCAAUAUUUUCAAUGGCGUUAUGGAAAGGAAGUGAUUGGACAGGAUGGUUCCUUUAGCAGGAAACACAUUGGUAGAGAGGCUCAUCUUCCUUGUUGAACUGCACACUUUCAGAGGAAGGGACCUUUUGGGGGGGGGGGGGCUUGCCUCUGAAGUUUCAAAGAUCAAACAAAACUAGUUUGGUGCCAUUUUUUCUCUCUUUUGAAAGAUCCUAAAGAAUAAACUGGUCUCUUCUCAGGGGCGGAUACUUUUCCUGAAUAAGAGUCCUACCGUUCUCAGAGACAGGAUUCUGCAUGGGGACCUUUUCUUUUUUACUGUACUGUAAAACUUCUUGCACACGUAACUACUUGUUCUUUCCCCCCGGAAGCGUAUUGUGCAGUAAUUGCUGGUUUUUCUUUAGGUGCUUUUGACAUGUAAGAAACACAUAAUUGCAAUAACCAACACCAUCUUCUAAGCAGAUGCAAUCAUUUAAUUCAAGAAUCUCCUUCUGGGAUUUGAAUUAUCCUGUAAUUAGUCAUGGGUUGAGAGAUCAUGUAUCCUGUAAUGCAGGAGUGGAGAAAAAUUUCCAGCCCUUCUCAUCAACCUUCCGGGGACCGCAUGCUAGUGGUGGAAAGGGCCAGAGGCAAGCAUCUCCUCCUGCUCAAGAAUCUACAGUUAACAAUGCUGGCUUGCGUCAGUUCCAUGCUGUUCUGUGGUGAAAGUUUUGAUCCAAGUAAACCAAUUUUUUUUAUAAUAUAGAGAAUCUCUUGGCAUCCACCAGUUUAUGAGCUGCCUAAAAGCUGGUCCUCUUUGUGUGUGUAUGCAGUGAAUAAAAAGACCAUUCUACCUCUGGUAAGAACUUUA